CUGACGGUCUCAGCUGUGCCCCACAGCUUUGUUUAAUGGCAUGUGUCUGAACUAUCGUCCGAGACUGAAGAAACAUUCCAUUGACACCAUUGACACCAUUAAACUAUUGUCUUAUCUUGCAACAGAGUUCUAGACCCGAACCCUUGUCAAUUUGGAGGAUCACGCAUGUUGUAAGUCGACUUCGACGAACGUGCAGAUUUCAGGCUGCAUACUGGAGCUCUAGGGUAAGCCAUCAUCCCUGUGCUUCUGGUUGCCGGGGUUGCACAAGUAAACAGGGCUCUCGAUGGAACAAAUAACCGACCUCAACGCACAAACCAGUGAGUCUUUCGUGAUGGAGAGUCCCUGCAUCUCCUUGAUCUCCCCUUGGUCAAAACCUGAUCUUGGCGUCUCUGUUAGGCAAUCAGAAUACGGAGUAUCGGCUGGCCCAUGUCAGAAGUAACACGGAAAAAUUGCCUUGAUGUUAGGGGCUGCUGGGCAACAGGCGACUCUUGGCCUGACGUUGAAUCUUUUUUAUCAGGCUUGCUCGUAGCGGUCAACUUCUCAGAAACUGAUAAACUCCAACUUGCCUAUCGUGCUUCUUGAUCCUCAUCCGCUCGUACUCUUAACACCACGCAUCACGUAGUAUUACAGCACCACCCUACCACCGAGAAUGCCUUCGCUCAAGACGUUGUUCGCCUCAGCCAUUUUGGCUUACCUGGCCAGCGCCAAGACUAUUAAAAUCACAGCUACCAGCGACGACAAGUUCGACCCUGAGGAGGUUGAGGCUGAGAAGGGUGAUGUCCUCGAAUUCCACUUCGAGCCCAAGAACCACAGCGUCGUUGCUGGCGAUUACCGAUACCCUUGCUCUCCUCUCGAUAUGGGCACUGGCUUCUUCUCCGGUUUCUUUCCCACUGACAAUGGAUCUGCCGACAAGAUAUUCAAGGUCACCGUCAAUGACACUGACCCUACGCCUUUCUAUUCCUCCCAGGGCAAAGAAUGCGCCUCGGGUAUGGUCGGUAUCAUCAACGCCGACUCCAACAAGACUCUCUCCGACUACAAGAAGCGUGCAUCGGAGCUAAGCUCUGGAGUCAACCCUGGCAAGAAGCCAUUUGGUGGCGAGUUGGUGGACGCUGAUGACGCCGAUUCAGAUAGCGACAGCAGCUCCGGAAAGUCCAAGGAUGGUAAGAACGACGACAAUGCUGCUGGCGUCCUUGGUGCUCCUCUCGCUGGUCUGGUCGCUGUCGUUGGUCUUGCUGUUAUUAUGGCCUAGGCAGAGAAGUCGAUGGCAUGUUUGGAGAGAUGCGACAUGAUAUCCACGGAAUCGUCUGGGAACUGUGUUUAAAACAGCGGGAGUAAUUUGAAUAUAUUAUUUACUAGACCAUAAUACCUGUGAGCCCGUACAUCGAAGCUUGUAUCUACCAGGCAAUGAAUCGAUCACUGGGUCAAAGUACUUCUUCGACCGAUGCAUAACCUCGAACCCCGUCACUCGCCAGGUUUCAAAUAUCCAAUCUUAUAGUAAUAACCGCAUGCGUGUUUUGGAUGCCGACUUGCCAUUACUAUCGAGUCACUUACCUUGGUCGGAGAUGGUUCUCCGAAUCGUGGUCAGAGGAGUUUGGAACCAUCUCGCAACAUCCAAGGGGUUCUGACCUGCGCACUAGGAUUCAUAAUUGCUGAUGCAUUGCCUUCGGAGUUGAAUCGGCAUCUUGAUUAUAAACCCCGAGAGCAUAGCAACCGGGCCGGUCUUCAAAUGAAUAAUUACGCUCGAAUAUAGCGUUUAGAAAGAGCUGACAAAGAGCUUAAACCUAG